AUGGAACCAGGGAAUGGCACCCAACUUUCAGAAUUCCUUCUUCUGGGAUUUUCCAACCAAGACCCACGAAUCCACCCUCUCCUCUUUGGGCUGUUCCUGUCUGUGUACCUGAUCACCGUGCUCGGCAAUCUGCUCAUUGUCCUGGCCAUCAUGGCAGACCCCCGUCUGCACACGCCCAUGUACUUCUUCCUCUCUAACCUGUCCCUGGUGGACGUCUGCUUCACCUCCACCACUGUCCCCAAGAUGCUGCUCAACCUCCAGACGCGCAGCCAGGCCAUCGGCUACGCGGGCUGCAUUGCCCAGAUGUACUUCCUGUUGCUUUUCUCUGGGUUGGAUAUCUUCCUGUUGACCGUGAUGGCCUAUGACAGGUACGUGGCCAUCUGUCACCCCCUGCACUAUACGGUCAUCAUGAGCCCCCGGCUCUGUGGCCUCUUGGCUCUGGGAUGCUGGAUCGUAGGCGUCCUCAACUCCUUGCUCCAUACCUUCCUGGUCUUGCGGCUGACCUUCUGUAGAGCGCUUGAAAUCCCUCACUAUUUCUGUGAACUGAAUCAGGUGGUCCACCACGCGUGUUCUGGCACCUUCCUUAAUGACCUGGUGAUCUACGCCACCGCCCUGCUGCUCGCUGUGGGCCCCUUCGCCGGCAUCAUUUAUUCUUACUCUAAGAUCGUGUCAGCCAUCUGCAAAAUCGCCUCCGCCCAGGGGAAGUACAAGGCCUUCUCCACCUGUGCGUCGCACCUCUCCGUGGUCUCCUUGUUUUAUUGCACGCUCCUGGGUGUGUACCUCAGCUCGGCGGUGACUCAAAACUCACACGCAACGGCCACGGCCUCACUGAUGUACACAGUGGUCACCCCCAUGCUGAACCCCUUCAUCUACAGCCUGAGGAACAAAGACAUCAAGAGGGCCCUGAGAAUUCUCUCCUGGAGGGCGACUAGAAAAGAAGUAGUCGAUCCGUCCCAGUAG